UCGUAUAGUUGACGUUUCCUGGUAUUAGGUAUUUUUACAUAUUAUUUUGUCCUUUGGCCUUUUUGAUUAGGAAACGCGUAUUCAUGGAUACUGGGAAAAACGUAAUAUAAAAUAUUACAUUAAUUAUAAAUGUUUUUGUAACUAGUGCUUAUUCAUGAAUAUUCGGCGUAAACAACUCCUAUGCAUGUAUUUUAGUGAGCCUAUCCGGUGGCUUUGUCGGGGUCACGCCACGGAUAAGAGGUCAUGUGUAUAUAAGGGUACUAAAUUAGUACAUAGAUUCAGAAUUACUUUUUACUAGCUUACUGCACGUAGUUCUCAGGUACCGAGCGUAAACUCUGCCUACAAAUUUUAAGUGCAAAUGUAUUUUACUUUGUGACUAUUUUAUUUUACUUUAUUUUAUUAAACUUACUGUUUAACUUAUAAUACAAUCGUGAAUUUAUUUACUAUUUCCAAACAUACCUUUGUGACUCUACCAACUUAUCAACAACAGGACAUCGAAGCACGUCAUUAAAUAAUUAAAGUGUACAAGUGUAGCACGAGAGUACUACAUACGUAACUUUUUGGUGUCAGGUGUGGGGUUACACUAAGUGAAAAUUUUGAUUUAUCAAAAAGUAACUUGGGAACUCACUGACGAACUUCGAAAACCACGUUCUUGAUAUACUACGAACACUACAUCAGAAACCCAAUUAUUUAUAAUUGGUCUACGCGCCAGCAGUUUCGUAGCUAGAUCGUCGAGCCACUUCGAGUAUCAAUUUUUGCAGUCAGGAUCAGACCAGGCAACCAAACCAGAGUUUUUUUGGAUCAACGCAUACAGCGACACAGAGGAGGUUUCCAAUUCAUUUCAACGAGGACCAGACCAAUACUCACUUUACUAACAUGAACACUGUACGAUUCCUAACUCUUAUCUGCAUUCCAAUGGUAACAAGUGUUAACCGGUUCGUCGACGAAAAAUUACACCAACAAUCAGGCUUGUAUUACGAAAAUCGCGGGAUCGUAAACAUUGCGACGUCUAGCUGGGAUUUGUCUAUAUUUAUUGAUUUAAAGAAAUAUAACGAGCAAUGGGAUUUCAUUGACACAUUAGUAACAAAAACUGACCAAGCGUGUAAAAACGUAAGUCAAAACGCUGUUGCUAAUUGUAACAACAUAUUAUUUUUAGUACAAGGGAUUGCCAGACAAGGGAAAGAAAAGAAAAAUAUACUAUAUAAUUCCAUAGGUCAUCACGAUCAUUUAGCUAAACGUAGUAUAAAUUUAGGGAGUUUAGUAAAAUUCGCACAAACAAUUUACGGGUUAUGCGACAUUAAUUGUAUUAAGAAAUUUAAUUUUGGGAUAUUAAAACUUUCAGAAACUGAAAAAACAAACCUUAAGUUAGAAAAAGAACAACUUAAAGUUGUUAAAGUAAAAAAUGACAAUGAAACGCGGGAAUAUUAUAGUUUACAAUUGCAAUUAACUGAAUUAAAGAACAUAACGGUAGAGCAACAAAUAAAUAAUUUUAUUUUUAGACAUUUUACGUAUAUGAACUUACUUUUAACAAAAUAUAUGACAGAAAUCGACAUAUUAUCGUCGAUCAUUGAAAACGCUAAGUUAGGACAGAUACAUCCGUAUUUAAUAGGAACAUACGAACUACUAGGGCAAUUUCAAGACAUUAGGCUUUCUUUACCUAUCGGGACAGAUUUUCCCUACGCAUUAUCAAUCGGAACUGUUAAUGAUAUAGUAAGACUGUCAGAUAUUAAAAUAUACUACUCUAAUAAUAACAUAGUGUUUAUCAUAACAAUUCCAUUAAUAUAUCAAAACAAUUUUAUUUUAUAUAACUUAAUACCUAAGCUUUAUUGUCAAAAUAUUAUAAAUUGUAUGUAUAUUGCACCUAGUCAUAAGUUUUUAGCGAUAAGUAAAAAUAAGGAACAUUAUGUAGCAUACGACGAAUUUCACUAUAGUCAAUGUAAACAUGCUAGGGGUUUCCUUCUUUGUCCAGAAAUCCAAUCGCUACAUCCUAGAAAUCUUCGACCGAUUUGCGAGGUUCAACUUUUACAAGAUCCAAGGGACGUACCAGACACAUGCGAUAUACGACACGUCAGAUUACAAGCAACCAUUUUUCACAAAUUAAGUUAUCGUAACAAAUGGUUAUAUGCCACGGAUAGCGAAGUCAUUAUAAUUAACUGUGAAAACGAUUUAGAAGCGAGCACUCAUACGUUAGAGGGGGUAGGAAUUAUAACAAUCAACGAAACAUGCAAAGGGUAUGCGACUAGGGAUUUAUUGAUACCAAGUAGUAGUGUCGAAAACAAUUUUUCGGAUUUUAUUCCAACAUCCGUUAUCACUCAACAAGAAUACCAACAUGUAUCACUUGAUCUUUAUACUAUGAAGGACGAAAAUGUUAUAAAUAACCAUAUGAAUGACCUUAAUUUAAUUUCAAAAACACAUAAACAACUACAAGAGAAUAACAAGAACGAACACAAAUUUAUCCAAUUGCAAGACACUCAAAUUAUACAGAAUUAUGUGUUAUACAUCAUAAUUAUCAUUAUCAUAUCAAUACCAAUUGCAUUCGUAUUAAGCAAGAUUGUUAAACAACGGGAAGUGAAGAAAAAACAAACAACCGUGAGAGCUGAACAAACCAUAAUAAGACUUCACCAGAGCAUGGAAAACCAUCCACCUGGAGGAGACAACGACGUCUACAGCAACAGCCUCUCCUAUCACAGAAGAACAUCAAGAAACACAACCCACGACUUGCUAUCCGACACUUAAGAAUAUGUAUUGAUUGGAACCUACGGCUCCAAUUUUACAGGGGAGGCAUGUAGUAAACCAUGUUUACUCGUAUAGUUGACGUUUCCUGGUAUUAGGUAUUUUUACAUAUUAUUUUGUCCUUUGGCCUUUUUGAUUAGGAAACGCGUAUUCAUGGAUACUGGGAAAAACGUAAUAUAAAAUAUUACAUUAAUUAUAAAUGUUUUUGUAACUAGUGCUUAUUCAUGAAUAUUCGGCGUAAACAACUCCUAUGCAUGUAUUUUAGUGAGCCUAUCCGGUGGCUUUGUCGGGGUCACGCCACGGAUAAGAGGUCAUGUGUAUAUAAGGGUACUAAAUUAGUACAUAGAUUCAGAAUUACUUUUUACUAGCUUACUGCACGUAGUUCUCAGGUACCGAGCGUAAACUCUGCCUACAAAUUUUAAGUGCAAAUGUAUUUUACUUUGUGACUAUUUUAUUUUACUUUAUUUUAUUAAACUUACUGUUUAACUUAUAAUACAAUCGUGAAUUUAUUUACUAUUUCCAAACAUACCUUUGUGACUCUACCAACUUAUCAACAACAGGACAUCGAAGCACGUCAUUAAAUA